GGUUUACUUUACAUAUGGUUUACGUGCAUUGCAUAUUUGUUUGUUUGUCUGCUGCUCGAUUGCUCUAUGGAAAAGCAAAUGUGCAAUUUAAUUUUAAAUAGGUAUAUUUUCAAUUAAUUCUCUCAAUAAAGUUAUUAUAUUUGGUGAAAUCUUAUAUAUUAGUUCUUAGUUAAAUUUAUUUCAAGUUCACAUUUAAUUAAGUAUACUAGUUUGAGUCUGCGUGUCGUUAGGUUAGAAAUUUUUAGAUGAAUACCGGUCAAGGAAAAUUUGGGGCUCGCAAGAGUACCUGGGGGAGUGUAAAUCGGGGAGGUGGUUGGAAUCAAGGGGAGUUUCGGGCGUCUUCGCGCGGUGGAUUCUGGGGUCGUUCUCGGGGCGGCCACAAAGGAGUGCCCCGUAACAACCAGCCAUGGAAAAGCAAACCAAACAGAGACAUGCCUGGGAAGAGGCUAUCGGAAGAAGAAAUAGCCGUUACCCAGUAUAUGAGCGAUCAUAAAGGUUUUAAUGGAAUCAUAAAGUCAAGGUACUCAGACUUCCAAGUGUCAGAAAUCAAUGAGAAAGGUGAGGUAGCCAAGCUGACAGACUUGACAGUACCCGAGCCUCCUGAGGAAGACUCUGUGGAUGAAGAUGAGGAGCUGUUCUCUAAGUACAAUCUGGAGAUCCUGCCAAUAGAGACCUGGGAUAACAUCAACAAACUGCUUAUGACUGCCCAGCCCACUGAUGAGAAAGUUGAAAUAGACGUGACAGGCAUGACGAAAGAGCAACGGACCAAGAUACAUGAUGCUGUAAAGAAGGCUUUCACGGAUGCUAUAGUGGGCAGUACUGUCACGGUUGAUGACAAGAAGUUUGUGCGAUUUGAAAGGUAUCGUAAGGGAGUUCGCAUAGACAACAGAGUGAAGUGGAACUGGCCCGGUGAAUACCUCUACUUUAUAGUGUACAAGGAGAACUGUGACACGAUGGACGCCGCCGUCAGGAUAGCCGAGCGACUGAGGCUCAAUAUAAAGCCGUCGAUGAUCGGCUACGCGGGCACGAAGGACCGCCGCGCGAAGACGUCGCAGUGGUUCAGCCUGCGCAAGGUGGACCCGCGGCGCGCGGCCGCGGCGUCCGCGCCCGGCCUCCGCCUCGGGAACUACAGCUUCGGCCACGCCACGCUCAAGCUCGGCAUGCUGCGGGGCAACCAGUUCCGAAUCGCGCUCCGCAACGUGACAGCAGACGACUCCGUGAUAGAGCACGCGUGCGCGCUGCUCCGCGACCGCGGGUUCGUCAACUACUACGGGCUGCAGCGGUUCGGGGUGCGGAGGGACACCCCCACCUACGUCAUCGGCAGGAAACUGCUGCAGGGGAACUUUAGAGACGCAAUCGAGCUCAUCCUGGAAGAGCGAGAGGGCGAGCUAUCGGAAGCGCUGCGUCUCUAUCGCUCCAGCGGGCCGCAGCGCGCCGCGCGCGCGCUGCCGCGGCGCGCCGGCCGGCACAUUGAAGUGCGGCUGCUGAAGGCUUUGGCUAAGGCUCCUAACGAUCUGCUGGGAGCCUUAAAUAAGAUAUCCCGCAACACCCGGCUGCUGUACCUGCACUCGUACCAGUCGCUGGUGUGGAACAAGGCUGUUUCGGAACGACUCCAGAAGUUUGGAAAACAGCCUGUGGCCGGAGACCUGGUGCCCCUUACUAAGGUCACCAAUGAAGUGUUUGCUGAGGAACUAGUAGGAGGAAUGGAAUCUGACGGCGAUGACGACGAAGCGGAACAAAAAGACGACCAGAGCGCGACAGCAACACCUAAUACAGAUAAAUCAGACAAGGACAGUAAGACAGACAAAGUUCCUGUUAAAAUUCUAACGCAAGAGGACAUAGAUAGUGGGCGUUAUACGAUUUUCGACAUUGUGUUACCGUUGCCAGGGUACAAUAUCGAGUAUCCGCCGAAUAUGAGGGAUUUCUAUGAGGAACAGUUGAAGAAAGAUGAUCUGACGUUGGAGUUGAGGCAUAAAAUAAAGAGCUACAGCAUGUCGGGCGCGUACCGCGCGGUGGCGGCGCGCGCUGCGGCGCUGCGCUGGCGCGCCGUGCGCUACUCCGACGCCGGCGCCGACCUGCUGCGCUCCGACUGGGACGAGCUCAACCAGCGCCAGCUCCACGGUAUCAUACCUGACGGCAAGUACAAAGCGCUGCUGCUGACGAUGUCGCUGCCCGCGAGCUGCUACGCCACCAUGGCGCUGCGGGAGCUGCUGAAGGUGGACACCUCGUGCGACAGCCAGGCCGCGCAGAACAACUACCACUUGGCGGCCGGACACGGGGAUAAACAUGAAGAAAAUCACAGUGAAGUCAAUAAGAACGAGAAUGGAGUGGAGAAACGGAAAAUGGAAGACGAAUAUAUAAUGGAAGUGAAGAAAACCAAGGCGAGUGUAGGCGAAAAUUACUCUUCGGGUAACCAAUAAAUAGAGAUUAUAUUUGAA